AUAUUAAGCAUGCUGCUAUUUCAAACACAACUCGUAUUCUGUGUAUUGUGCUUUACCCUGGGCGAGGGAAGAAAUAUAAUUUUAACAGGAGAUGAUGCCUCUAAAAAUAUAGAAAACUUUGCAUUUGACCUAAAGCUCAGCAUUGGAAGUAGCUAUAGUUUUGUUUCUGUUAAUGAACUUUCCAGUUCAACUAAAUUUUCCAACACAGAACCAGUCAUAAAAUACAUACAGGACGGGGAUUGGACUCUUGUUUUUAGAGCCCAGAGUCUGACGGGGAUUUCACCCUAUGAAAUCUACAAAUCACAGGGCGUUCGGCACGAAGUCAGGGGUUCAUUUCCUGAACACUGCACCGAGCUGGCUAAAGUACCAGGGUGUUUCACUCCAUACAGAACUGGUUUGAUCGACGACUGGCAAAAACUAGACGUUCAACAGGUUCGAUUUUUGGUUAUUAUCAACAGUGAAGUCCAGAGAGAAAUUAUUUUUGACGGGAAAAAUAGCACCAACACCGACUGGUUUUCUAGUCGGCGGAUCCUAAAUUCAUCUUGGACGGAUCUCACACCAACUCAAACAUACAAUCUUUUCUCUCUUCAAGGAAUACAAGAUGGCAGAGUGAACAGACACUGGUCAAUUUCCCACAAUUUUGGGGGAUGUCCUAACGAUAGGGCCUGGUUUACCACCUCAUUCUACCCUCCCACCGGAUGUGACUUUGAUAAACGAGAAUCAGCCAUGCCAAACUUCGUCGUCUGUCCCGGAACUACAAUGUGCAAUAUGCAAAGAGAUUCAAUCAAUGCGGAUGCAUUUGCUAUCCAGAUCAAAGCUAAAAAUAAGUUGCCGAUGAUGUAGCUGGAGUGAAUCAAAGAAGAGUAUUCUUAUAAAGACUUAUCUAGUGACGGCUGUUUAUAUACCUGACAGAAAAAUGACUCAUGUGAAAACAUUUUGAUCCAUAAAAUACAUACAUAUGGUCGAUAUAAGCACAUGUAUGUUUUUAUUAGUUUUUAAUAUCUUGAAAAAUAAACAUGUAC